GCAGUCUUGCUGAGCAAACCCAAACAUUGGGCUGUUUACUUCACCGCUUGCCACGACAAGUUAUUACAUCACAGAGAAAGAUAAUUUAACAUGUGGACUACACGAGACGGGGAGAGAAUAACCUUAUAGUAUUGAGGAAUCUCGUUCUAGCUCCCGUGUGCUCCUUACACCAGUAAUACACCGCCAACACCACCAUGGCCAACCGCACAGUGAAAGACGCCAACUCUGUCCACGGCACCAACCCUCAGUACCUGGUGGAGAAGAUUAUAAGAACCAGGAUUUACGACUCCCGCUACUGGAAGGAGGAAUGCUUCGCCCUGUCAGCGGAACUACUGGUGGACAAGGCCAUGGCACUGCGGUCCAUUGGCGGUGUGUAUGGCGGCAACAUCAAGCCCACUCCUUUCCUUUGUUUGGUGCUCAAGAUGCUCCAGAUCCAGCCAGAGAAGGACAUCAUCAUUGAGUUUAUCAAGCAGGAUGAAUUUAAGUAUGUGCGUGCCUUGGGAGCCUUUUACCUGAGGUUGGUGUACAGCUCCCUGGACUGCUACAAGUACUUGGAGCCUUUACUCAACGACUAUAGAAAACUUCGCUUCAUGGACCGUUCUGGCCAGUAUCAGCUCUCUCACAUGGAUGAAUUCAUUGAUUUACUUCUCAGGGAAGAAAGAUUUUGUGACAUCAUCAUGCCAAGAAUUCAGAAAAGGUGGGUGCAUGAAGCCAACAAUGAACUUGAUGGACGAGUUUCCCUCCUUGAGGAUGACUUAGAUGACCUUGAGAGUGAGAGUGACGAGGAGGAGAUGCCACUGCCACCACCACGGCCCAGAAAUGAUGCAUCCGACCCUACACGCCCCACUCCACGGGAGGAGAGGCAUGGCAGAGGACACUCUCCUUCCAGACGUUCUCCUCAGAGAGAUACUAGGAAUGAAAGGGAGAGGGAAAAGAGGCAUCGCAGCAGAAGUCGUUCCCGUGAGAGAGAACGGGGAAUGGAGCGGGACAGGGGGAUGGACAGGGACAGAGGAAUGGAGAGAGACAGAAUGGACCAUGGCAGGGGAAUGGAAAGAGAGAGGAUGGAUUAUGGGAGAGGAAUGGACAGGGACAGAAUGGACCACGGUAGAGGGAUGGAAAGAGACAGAAUGGAGCAUGGUAGAGGAAUGGAGAAGGAGAGAAUGGACUAUGGGAGAGGGAUGGAGAGGGAUCGAAUGGACCAUGGCAGGGGGAUGGACAGGGAGCGGGGAAUGGAUAGAGAAAGAGGCAUGGAUCGGGACAGAGGCAUGGAGAGGGAGAGGAAGAGGCACAGAAGUAGAUCAAGAGAGAGGCGUCACCGCUCAAGAUCAAGGUCGCCAGGCCACCACCCACACCAUCAUCGGGAGCGUGGGCGCGGGGAUCACCGCCACCCAGAACGGCUAGAGAGAGACCACGGGAAAGAACGCAACAGGGAACGAGACCGUGACCGUGACCGAGGGGACCGCAAGGAGAAGCACCACCGCAGUGGCCGCAGCAAACGUGAAAACAUGAGUAGAGAAGACUUGGAGAUAGCAGAGGCCAAUGCUCUCAGGGCCAAGCUGGGCAUGCCACCUCUUCAGCCAUAAAAGAGUAUUAAGUUCUUUCUUAGUUUUUACUUCCUCAGUGAGACUUUUGUACAGAAAACUACAUCCCCAGUAAUUACUAGGUUGUUGCAGAAGGCAAAAACUGCAAGCACUUCCUUUGGUACCACAGAUUUUUUUUUAUUUAUUAUAUUUUUAUAUUUUUAUUAUAUUUUAUUUAUUUAUUUGAUUUUUUAUGUAUUCGCUUGCCUGUCCAAAUCUGAUUACUGAUAGAUGAAGAGAUUUUGCUGGAGUGAGCCGGAAUGGAUGGGCAGCUGACAACAAUUACGAAGAUUCAGGAAAGCCUUUGUCUUAAAUUUAGUGCGGUUGAUGAAGCCAAAAUUACUUUCCUUCAAGUGCACAAGAAAAAUGUUCUAUAUCCUGCAUUAUGUUUUCAUUUAGUGGAAAACAUAAUGAAUGAAUUAAUGUGGUUAGAGAUUCUACAGUCUCAAGAGGAAAACCACUCGGCUUACUGGGACUCUGAAAGUACAGUGAGAGGUGAAAUGGUGAUAAGUGCAUAAAUAAAACAAUGGGGUAAUACUUAAUGUAGUGUGGGUGAUCCAGUGCUAUCAGUGAGCCAUGAUUUCCAAGGCAUUUUCAUGUAUUAUAAGUACCAGUCUCACUUUAUAUCGACAAUUCAAUGUACAAAAGAUAAUAAAUUGUAAAAGAAUGAAA